AAAGUACCUAACGACAAACAAAUAAAGUACCUAAACAUGGUUAAAAUCCAUAAAACAACAAAAAUACGGUAAACCAUAUAACCGGGAUGUAUUGAAUGGAUAUCGUCCCCGAGCUAGACACGGCAUCGCUUCUGAAGUUGUCAUCGUUCCUGUUCUGGAGCUGUUUGUACCUGCUGUCCUGCGCGCGGCAGCCGGACAAAUGCCCCGAAUACCACUCGCGGGUCGUGACCCUUCUGCACGGGAGCGUAUCGAGUGCAGUGGGCCUCGCGCAGUGUGGUUUGGGCUCGCUCAGCAUAUGCCGGCUAACUGCUCCAGUUCUGCCUCGGCACUACGCCCUGAUGGUAUGGUCUUGGGGCUACUUCGCAUUCGACCUACUCUGGUGUCUAAUGUACUGGAACCAAGGACCCUUGAUGCUGGCCCAUCACUUCAGCACCCUAGUGGCCAUUACGAUCUACAUGCAUAGGAACGGGACAGGGUGUUCUUUCCCAUGCACAAUGGCGUUUAUGGAAGUAACUAACCCUUUUCUACAAAUUAGAUGGUUCCUCAAAAGCGAAGGAUAUGGAAGGGCGAGACUGUUCUACAUAAUAGACAUACUCUAUUUAUCAUCCUUUUUGCUAAUACGAGGUGUUCUCGGCACCUACAUUUUAUACAAAAUAAUGCCAGUAAAAGUUUUUGGCAUGGACCAGAAAAUAAUCGCGAUUUCAUUAUACAUAAUUUCCAUUGGACUAAUGCGGGAACUAAUUUCGUACAUUUCAUAUAAAUACAAGGAUAGAGCAAUUGCAAGUAUGACCAAUUUUUUAGAUUAUUAUGGCAUUAUACUAAAUGAUUGUGAUGACAUAUGAUAUGCAUGAAUGGAACCACUGAAGAAUAAUAAAGACUUACUAUAAUUUUAUUGAAAA